AACCUGAACCCUACUACUACCCCUCACACCCCCGAGCGUGCUGUCCUUGCCUCUGUCAAUGAUGCUUCCCUUGAUCCGCAAGUUGCAGUCGCUGAAAUGGUUACAAAUUUGCAGAGCACUCGUCUCCAAGAUAAUGACUCUACGUCCAUCUCUUACGCUGCUUCUCCCGUGAGGAUGGAUCACUCGCAAGACUCCUUGCACGGAGAGGAUAUGAAUAUGGAUAUUCCACUCGAAGAAUCUGUGCCUGUCUCGGUUGAUCGAAGGUGUGAUGACCAGAUCCUUAACGGAUAUCAAUCAGAAGAGGAAUGAACUCAUCACCCGAAAGGCGUACCUCACGCGUCUGCUGGCACAGAAUGGUGCGAACAAGUCUGAAGGAAACAUUGAGGAAACCCUAGCUGUAGUUGUCAAUGAAAUUAAGGUGCUCGAGAAAAGAGCUGAGGAUUCCCUAGAAUCUUUACAAGACCUGGAAUCACUUUCCACUCCUCUCCAGCUCAAAAAACCAAGGAAUGAUUCCAUCCUCGUGGUACCGAUCAGUAUCCCGCAGGUCCACCUUAAUGUCACAGAUGCUAUGCCUCGGUUCCAUAGUACCUCCGAUCCACGCAAGUUUUUAGAUGAGGUUCGUCAUGUUGUCUGUACGUACGUAGGUCGAGAGUCGUUCAAACGGUCCUGUGGUCGGUACUUGCUUUACCUGACGGUCAGCGAGUACCAUCGCCAGUACCUCGAACAGGAACUGGAAAAACUUCCUGAAGAUCAGAAAACCUGGGAGAAGUGUGAAGCGACCUUCCUGAAGAUCGCUCUUACGGAACAAGAACGUAUGUCACAGUUUAAGAAAUUACUUGAAACUGGCAGAGGCACACGCGAGACUUAUCAUCAAUUUGCCAUGCGGGUGGACCGAGACGUACGGGUAUACGGUAUCAGCGACGAUAGCGAGAUGGUCACCUCCCUCCUGACGGCCACAGUAAAAACCUUCAUGCUCGAUCUUAUGAUCACCAGGCUACAAGUCCUGAAACAAGAACCGGUGCUCGCCUUCAAGUCGAUCUCCGAGUUCACAAAGAUUCCGGGAGGCCUUACUGGCCCCCACAUCCCACAAGAGAUUGUCCCCAGUGAUAAUCCUGCACCUCAUCGCCGUGACACAGGCCCAAUGCGCCGCGCACGAGCGUCUGAUGAAAGAUAUAAUCCUAAGGGCAAAGCCCACAAUGAGGAGGCUAAAUCAAAGUCCCUCUAUGACUGCCAGCAUUGUGGCAAAAAUUUCUCCCAUAAUACGGAUGGACACAAGCAAUGUGCAAAAUGCAAUGCACGCGGACAUCUGGCGUCCGAAUGUACCAGACAUAACAGUAGAUCUGGCUCCAACAAGUCUACCUCGGUUAAUCGAUAACUUAACUGAAGAUCGUUCAAUAGAAGAUAGUAAAAACGC